GAGAGAGAGAGAGAGAGAGAAUUUUACAAGAGCAGGAAAAGGGAGGAGCGCAGACAGGAGACUCUCUGGCUUGUCUGUCUGUUGGGCACCUGGGACACUGUCAUUGUGGUUCUCAUUAUAGUAUUUUUUUCUCUCCUUCUCUGAACCAGCGGACCGGUUGGGAGUCCUUUUUUUCUCUCGCUGCCGUAUCAAUUAGGAACUGGGAUUGUUUCUGUGUAAUCUGCUCUGCUCUGGCUUGAACCGUUAUACACUGCGAUUGCUUCUUUGGUUUGUUCCUGCCUGUCUCUCGGCGUUCCGAUUCGGACCCUUCCCAAAGUGCAUCUGUUAGUGCGCCGCUGAGGAUAUAUCCCGUGUCCAACAGUACAACAUAGAGCAGCUGGGAUAUCAGACUAUAGAGGAGCGAGAGAGAGCGCAGCCGAGUGAGCAACAGAGAGAGGCAGAUACAGAGAGUGUGAGAGAGAUUGAAGCCGAGUAGCGAGGUAAGCUAUAGCGAGACAGCUUAGAUAGAAAAGUGAUCUUUAUAUCCUCCUCCCUUUUUUCCUUGUUUUUCCUUUUUCUCCUCUACUACACUCUCCCGUGCCAGCAAUUUGUUCGCAGGACUGCCUAGAAUCACUGCCACCUGCUCAUCUUCCUCCUCCUCUUCCUCCUCUACCUCUCUUCUCACGCGUUACUAUCCGACGGCAGCCAGUGAGGGAAAGACAGGAAAGACGCAAACAGGGCACGCAGCAGCGUCCGUUUUUUAAAAACUCUUGUGGGGAAUAUUUUUGAGAAACUGAAUGAGCAUCUGCCGAGCUCUACUCCAGGAGAUUUAACUAAAAGGCGUUGUCGGGCAGGAACUACCCCCACAGAGGCUACCCCUCUCCCAGCCGCUCUCCGUCAGACGAACCCUGCUUGCUCUCCAGAGGACCAGCAGUGAUUCAACACACCAGUGUGGACGGGGAAAAUAAGGGACCUACAGUCAGAGAGCCAAGCCCCAGUACUACUAACGCUCGUCCGACCGCCUCCGCGCAACCAUUCCCUGCCACGGCGCUAAGGAUUCCAGCUAUAUGGGCAAGCGAUUGGAACAGCAACCAAUGUACCCUCAGUACACAUACUACUACCCCCACUACCUCCAGACCAAGCAGCCCUAUGCUCCACCCCCUCACCCCAUGGCUCCGCCUAGCCCCAGCCAUAACAGCUGCAGUCACGGCGGAUCCGAGCAGCUGAGUAAAACUAACCUGUACAUCCGAGGCCUGCCCCCGGGGACCACGGACCAGGAUCUCAUCAAGCUCUGCCAACCAUAUGGGAAAAUAGUGUCAACCAAGGCCAUCCUGGACAAGAACACCAACCAGUGCAAAGGAUAUGGCUUUGUGGACUUUGAUAGCCCGGCUGCAGCACAGAAGGCGGUGUCGUCUCUCAAAGCCACCGGGGUGCAGGCUCAAAUGGCCAAGCAACAGGAGCAGGACCCCACCAACCUGUACAUCUCCAACCUGCCGGUGUCCAUGGACGAGCAGGAGCUGGAGAACAUGCUGAAGCCCUUCGGUCACGUCAUCUCCACGCGGAUACUGCGGGACGCCAACGGGGUCAGCAGAGGGGUUGGCUUCGCCAGGAUGGAGUCGACGGAGAAAUGUGACGUUGUGAUACAGCAUUUCAACGGGAAAUACCUGAAAACCCCGCCGGGUAUUCCAGCCCCCAACGAGCCUUUGCUGUGCAAAUUCGCAGACGGAGGGCAGAAGAAACGCCAGAGCCAGAGCAAGUACCCACAGAACGGGCGGCCGUGGCACAGGGAAGGCGAGACUGGUAUGCAGUUAACAUAUGAUCCUGCUGCUAUGCAGAAUGGGUUCUACACCUCGCCUUACAGUAUCGCCACCAACCGCAUGAUCGCACAGACGUCCAUCACGCCCUUCAUCGCUGCUUCCCCCGUCUCCACAUAUCAGGUCCAGAGUACGUCAUGGAUGCCUCAUCAACAAUACGUUAUGCAACCUACAGGUGCAGUGAUCACCCCAGCCAUGGACCACACCAUGUCCAUGCAGCCUGCCAACAUGAUGGGCCCRCUCUCCCAGCAGAUGAACCAUCUGUCCCUGGGCACUACAGGAAGUUACAUGACUGCUGCGGCUGCCGGGGCGCCUAUGCAAGGGACCUACAUUCCUCAGUACACUCCUGUGCCUCAGACAGCCGUCCCCGUUGAAGGAGUGGUCACGGAUGCUUCUCCUCAGUCAGUGGCCCCCUCAUCGCAGGAUGUGAGUGGGCAGCAGCAGAUCCAGGUGGAUGGCUCAAGUGACCAUGUUACUGCUUACUCAUACCAGUCCAAAUAGCGACCGGCGCGGAGAAUAUUCCUGUGACAGCGUUGCCUUGAGACAGAGGGUUUGGCUGCACUGAGAAUGCGGAGAGAAGAGAGAUUGCUUCCAGAUUGCCCAGGCACCAAAAAAUAGACACUUUUUUCCAUUUCAUACCUGGAAGAGAGGAGGGGUGGGGGGGGUGGAGUCGCUGGGUACAGUGCAAAGUGGUGAAAAUGUUUAGUCUGGGAACAUGCCUGGUGGGCUGGGCUUGAGCUUGAGUUGUUUCUUCAAGAAAUUUCUCAACUGAAAAAAAAAAAAGUACAAAAAAUACAAAAACGAAUUGAAAUGUUGAAUGCGCAGGUAGGUGAUGAGGUUUAUUUUGUAAUUAGAAAAAGGGGAGUCAAAGUUUGAGAUACACAGAGAUUGUCUUCCUCAGAUGUUAAGCUACGAUUUCUUUUCACUCUUUUUUUUUUUUUUUUUCUCGUUGUAAAAUUUUAGUUUUCUAGAUAUAAUCGAAACAACUGUUUUUCUUUCUUGAAUCUUCAUGGCCUUAAUUUUAAGGGUGUCAGAGGACUUUUUACAGAGAGUUAAGUCUGGCGUCUCGUUGAAAAUAAAAAGCGAACUAAAUCAGUCUCUUGGACCACUGUGAUGGUACAAGAUACUGCAGGAGUUGAGCUAGAGAGAUAAAAAAAAGAAAAGAUCUAUCACAUAAACUGUACAGAUUUAAUAGAGAAGAGUUUUUUUCUUUUCUUCAUUAGAAGAAAACUUUGAUAAAUAAUUAUGUCAGAGGUAACUGAGUGUUAGAGAAAAAACAAAAUGUCUGCCGAGGAAAAGAGGGGGAAAAGAUGAAGCUUUGAAGAGAUUAUUCAGAAKUAGGAGAUAAAAAGACACUGCAUCGUAGAAAAGGCAGUCUGUUGCAAAUGCUGAACUUGUUUUUUAUUAUCAUAAUUAUAUAAUUUUAUGGCAAGAUUGCUGUUGAUGACAUUAGCGCUUUUUUAUCUGCAACAUUUGACCUUUUUUUUUUUUAUGAGCUUUAAGAUGUUUUUAGCCCGCUUUGCUUGUCACACUGCAACAAAACAAAAAAACAAAAAUAAGAAGAAAAAAAGUCUAAAACAAACAAAAAAAACGGUGGGRAAAAAAUGCUUGCAGUGAUAAAACUUCGUAGAUAGCCUACAGCAGGAGCUUACGGUUUAAACCAAUCAGAGCAAAAGCAAUAGAAGAAAUUGUUGACAAUUUCUGUAGUCUUUCCUAGUUGUGGAUCAAAUGCAGCCCAAGGAUGGCCAUUUUUAUACCAAAGAUGAAGAGACGCUCUGAUCCAGAGUUUUUUAGUUUUUCAGUUUGAUUUUGUUGUUGAUGUUGUUAUUGUUGAUGUUGUUGUUGCUGUUGUCAUGGUUGUUUUUAAUUUGACCUUGAUGGCCGGACCAGUCUUUACUUUUCCUUCCUUCCUUCCGUUCCCGAUUUUUUUUCUCUUUUUUUUGGUUUAAGCUACCUUCCGCGGUUGUCGAAACUAUCACGCUGACGUCAGACAGUAUUUGGAUGUGUGACGCAACUAGUGGCAGACCGACCUAAUGUUCCUCUCCACCACUUCCAAUUGUCUUUCCGUCUCUCAACGUGUCGCGUUCCACAGCGCUUUCGCCAGCCAUGCGGGCCAUUCCACUAGUCAACAAUAGACAAAAGAGUAUAGGAAGAACUGUGGAAUGUUGCAGCCUGCUCCUACUUGGUCAUUUAUGCAUCGCUUAUGGCUUUUUUUGGCUCACUGAUUUCUGCCUCUACGCUGUCUCUUUUAUCUCAUUGAAUCAAUGAUAACUGAAUGAAACUGAUUUUAAAAAAUGAUUCCCUCCUCAUCAAUGUUGCCCUACAUUUUAUUCUCUCUCCGGUUAUACAAACAACAAACACCAAAACUGUAUGUGUUGACGUAAAACAUGUCCUGCUCCCCUAGGCGCUAUGUCCUUAGUAGUGCUGAGCAAUUAACUGAAAUGUAGGUGAAUUCUUCGGUUUUUAAACAACUAAUUGGUGAAAUGAUUUGAAUUCCAUUUUGUUUCGUUUUUUYCCCCCCGUGAGCUCAAUGCGCACAUUUACCUAGAGAUAAAUCGAAUCUAGCCUGAACUGUGCGAUGAAAUAGGGAUUGGAAUUUCCAACAGCCAAUAUUCUACAUAGUUAAGUGGAUAAAAUGUGGUAGUUAACUACAAUGACCAUAAUCCAUUGCACAUCUACAACUCCAGUCUGUUUCUUUUACGCCUGCUAGGGAAGAGAGAUGAAUGUGCAAUUGUGAAGUGAUAUAGAGAGCAGCUGUUGCUUUGUGAGUUAGCUCUUGCUGAAAAUACAUKAUCUAAGURAUUGAUAGUUGGUAUUUAGCGCUCGUAAAAUUAUGCCAUAUUUACUUUGAAGAACUAUAUAAUAGGGUUUUUGUCAAACAGCAUAGGCAGCAGCUCUAUAGAGACGAGAUGAUGACUUGAAAUGAAACGAUAGUCAUCAAAUAAAACAAAUGUAAUAUACACAACUGAAAUAUUUUAUUAUACUAAAGUAAUGUGAAUAAAUYA